AUGAAACGAGCGGCUCCUCACACCAAGAGUGGCGAUGCAGAGAAGCUGAUCAAAUAUUAUGAAGACCGGGCCAUCAAGGAGCUUCGAUUUACCGUCAAUGGGACGCCUGUCCACGUGCAGAAUAUUGACCCGGAGUGCACUCUAUUGGAGUGGCUGAGGGCAUCUGGACUGUGUGGUGCCAAGUUGGUCUGUGGGGAAGGGGGGUGCGGUGCCUGCACGGUGUCUGUGUUCACUACCGACAUCGUUACUGGCAAGGCCGUGCAUCGAUCUGUGAACUCGUGCCUAGUGUCCGUCUGCGAUAUGUCCGGGUGUGAAGUAACUACGAUCGAGGGUGUCAAAGUGACAACCACUAUGUUGCACCCAAUCCAGAGAAGUCUGGUUGAGGCGCAUGGCUCCCAGUGUGGCUACUGUACACCUGGAAUGGUCAUGAGCAUUUACGCGAAAUGGGUGGAUGGGAAGAGACAAGUUCGAGAUAUCGAAGAAUCUCUCGAUGGAAACCUCUGUCGCUGUACUGGCUACCGACCCAUCCUACAGGGCGUGUACAACUUGGUCGAAUCUUCGCAGGGAGACGCGGAAGAUACGCAUAGGGUGAAUUGGGAGCCAGACCGCCUCCAGAGAAUAGGACUUGUUCCUGGAAUGGACCAGACUCCUCAGUUCGACGAGCAUUCGGAGGGGAUCGCCAAAGACAAAGGGCUUCCCGGCAACCCUAAUCGAUCGAUUAUCCUGCGCGGAUAUCACCUCGGGCACUCCUGUGAUUACUAUCGGCCCACUUCUCUGCUUGAGAUCUUGACUAUCAUCACAUACGUUGGAAACUACAGGCAAGUUGAAAGCAAUGUCAUCACCCUCUGGAGUGGAGGUCAAGGGCGAUAUGAACUCGGUGAAGCUCGAGCGAAACGGCGAUCAUGCUACUAUCGGGUCUGCCGUGUCGUUAACCACUUUGAAGGAGCUCAUCCAAGAGGUGGAAUACUGCGGAUCCGACGUGUAGGUAUCGGAAUGACAAUUUUGAUCCGGGAUGCUACCACGAUUGUAUUCUGGUCGUCUUGGGUCAGCCUCCGAGGGGUGGUUGCUAUGCUUCGCCUUUUCGCAUCUGAGCAUGUGCGUAACCUCGCCACGCUGGGAGGCAAUAUAGUUACAGCCAGCCCGAUCUCUGAUCUUAACGUUAUAUGGGUAGCUGCUGGAGCUACUUUUCGGAUAGCGAUGCUGGAGUCCGGUGAAGUCAAAUACAGAGAUGUGAAUCCUUUUUUGCCCUCGCAAGGCAUGGCACGUAUGCCCGUUAGGUUGCCGCGGAUGAUUUUUUUCUCUCAUAUCGUAAAGAUUCCUGAUCGGCUUGUUUUCAGUUUCCGAGUCUUCAAGCAGUCGCGUCGCCGUCAAGACGACCUCGCCAUCGUGAAUGUUGCCAUUGCAGCUCGUUUGGUAGAAGGUGUAAUUUCCGAAGCUCGCGUAGCUCUCGGUGGUAUGGCCCCUACGACCAUUCGUGGAUACCGAACCGAGAGAUCAUUGAUUGGACAUCGUGUUGGCUGUAUCGAAACAACUCGGAGAAUCAUGGAAACUGCCAGCAGCGAAUUCACUUUGGCUCCGGCGACCCCCGGAGGGAUGACUAAGUAUCGCAUGGCUGUGGCUCGGUCUCUCCUAUACAAGUUCUGCAUGGGACUACCUGCUGGCUCGACGGAAUAUGGGUUCGUACCCGUCCACAAGCGUGGACUUCAGUACUACACACCUUUGGGGGACCGUCUCGAUCCAGUGGGCAAACCAGUCCGUGGGUGCGCCGACUAUUUCGACGAUAUCGCCUGUAGCCAGAAUGAGCUCUUUCUCGACUUUGUACUUUCUACGCAAUCUACUGGCUCGGUUAUCUCGAUGGAUUUCUCUGCGUGCCACGAAGUUAAGGGGUUCAUUGGCGAGGUUACUCACAAAGACUGUAAUGGUGUCCGCUCGCUCGGCGCAAUCGUCCACGACGAACCUCUCUUCGCUGUUUCCGAUGCUGGCUCCAACGUAUCACAUUGUGGCCAAAUUCUGGCAGUAGUCGUGGCGACCGAUCGAUACGCCGCUCGUGUUGCCGCUGCAGCUGUCCAGGUGACCUACUCGGAAGACCGUCCGUCACCGAUUGUCAGUAUCGAAGAUGCUAUUCGCGAACGGAGCUUUCAUCAACUCAAGUUCGUGGGUGGUGGAGACUAUGCAUGCAUCCACACAGUCCUGGAUCUGGAUUUGGGAUCGAAUAUUGAAGAAGUUAUCGAAUUCUGUCGAUCUCGACCCGACGAGUACGCUGUCGUCAGCGGUCGAUUCAAAAUGGCCGGCCAAGAACACUUCUACUUUGAGACUCAAGGCGCUCGUGCUGUUCCUGCUGAUGGAGGAACGGAGAUUGAAGUAUUUUCAGCCACGCAAAAUCCGCAUGAGACACAAAUGAACAUCGCUGAAGUCUUGGGCAUACCCUUCAAUAGGGUUGUUGUUCGUACCAAGAGAAUUGGUGGCGGCUUUGGAGGGAAAGAGACCCGCGCUUGCAUCCUGGCUCCCUAUGCAGCUCUAGCUGCUGUGAAAUUCAAUAGACCUGCUAGGUUUCAAAUGAAUCGUGAUGUCGACAUGUCCACCAGCGGCAAGAGGCAUUCUUUCCUGGCAGACUACACAAUUGCUGUCCGGCGGGCGGACAAAGCGCUGAUUGCCGCUGAUGUUGAUCUAUAUGCAAAUGGGGGAUAUUCGCUUGAUUUAUCGGAGUGUGUGCUUGACAGAGGGAUGAUGCACAUGACGAAUGCAUGUUUUGUGCGCAACGUUCGAGUCACUGGUCGCGUAGCGAAGACCAAUAUUGAGAGCAAUACUGCCUUCCGCGGCUUCGGUGGGCCUCAAGGUCAAGCGGUUGCUGAAGCGAUGUACGGGCAUGCUGCCUGCGAACUGGGAAUCACACGGGAAGAGUUAGAAGAGGCCAACUGGGCCCAUGGUCCUGAUGGCGAGAGGAGCCUGACUCACUAUAAUCACUACCUGGGGAACGAGGUCCCAUCGGAGGAUAUGUGGACCAAGCUUAUGAUGGAUUCGGAAUUCCAUAAACGGCGUACUGAUGUCGCCGAAUUCAACAGCCGUAAUCAGUAUGUGAAGCGGGGCAUCGCUGCAGUCCCAACACGGUACGGGGUAUCGUUCGCCAGCUUACACUUGAACCAAGCCACAUCACUCAUUAGUUUGCAACAAGAUGGAUCAGUACAAGUGUGUCAUGUCGGAGUAGAGAUGGGGCAAGGUCUCAAUACUAAGAUAUCUCAGGUUGUAGCCAGCGAGUUGGACAUUCCUGUUGAAGCAGUUCACAUCUCUGAGGCAAAUACUAGCAGGGUCGCGAACGGAGUGGCUACUGCUGGCUCUGUCGGGACCGAUCUAAAUGCGAACGCCGCAGUCGAUGCUUGCAGACAACUCAAGAAGGCUAUCGAGGUGAGCAUCGCGUGCACUAUGGAGCGGCAUUUGAGAUGGAUUCCGGGAUUUCAGGAGUACAUCGACUCCUCUAUUGUGGACCCCCAGACAAGACUAGCGAAUGCAGCAACAAAAGCAUGCAUCCAGGUCAAUACAUUCAACUCGUGCCCGUUUUAUUACUAUGCCUACGGAGCUGCUGCUUCGGAAGUUGAAGUCGAUCUGCUCACCGGAGAGGCGCGAGUUUUACGCGUGGACAUACUACAUGAUGUCGGGAAGUCUCUCAAUCCUGCUAUCGAUAUCGGGCAGAUCGAGGGUGCAUUCGUACAGGGCUACGGCCUUUUUUGUAUGGAGGAGCCAAUCUAUGAUCACCAAGGUCGCUUGGUCACUCGUGGACCUGGGAUGUAUAAAAUCCCCUCGUUCGACGAUAUUCCUUGUGAUUUUCGUGUCACACUGUACGACAGGACUAGCGGUCCUACUAUUCGGGCAAGCAAGGGGGUGGGAGAGCCUCCACUAUUCGGAGCCGCUAGUGUAUAUUAUGCUAUCAAGGAGGCCAUCUACGCCUCACGGGGGAAUCGAAAACAUUUCGAACUUGUCUGCCCUGUGACACCUGAGCGUAUUCGCCUAGCCAUAUUCCUACCUGAGACUGGAGAUGAUGACUUCAGUAACGAACAACCAAUUGAAGACAAGUGGCAUGCCUUCGCUUGA